CUCAUCAAGAUCAGAAUGGCGGAUAGAGAAAUGAAAAACGAUUUUCUCUGAAUUUUAUUCCGAAUUUCAUCAAAUUUUAGGCAUGAGUACUUACAAAUCCAAAUGGGAGUCAUUCUCCCUUUGGAACUGCUGUCCACAGUUGGUUUUUUUCCUGUUGUAGAUUUCAACAGCUUUCAGUCUGAUGGCAACGGCCUCCAUGAUGGAGUCCGAGUGUCUGGGAUUGCUCCAGAGGGUUGCCCACUACAGAGGAGGAAGAAUGAAUAGAAUUAACAUUGACCCAUCAGUUUGGUUUAGAUUACCAGUGAAUAAAGAUGAUGCACAAGGUUACUUCAAUUUGAUUCAGCACCCAAUGGAUUUUUCAACCAUCCAAGGGAAAAUAAAGAGUGGUCAGUAUAAAGACAUUGAGGACUUUCAUACAGACAUGCUCCUCGUCAGAGAUAAUUGUGUGAAGUACAACAGAGAUCCAGCAAGUCAGAUUCGGGCUGACCGUGACACUGUCUUUGGCUUCUACACUGUGGAGUAUGAUAAACUGAAGAGCAGGAAACCAGCAAAGUAAAAAGCUACCGGAACUGGCUGGGAUAUCGGAAUGUAUAGGCGUGCACAGAAAGAGGCAAAACUUGACAUGGCCCAUGCCAGUGCCAUGAAAGUGGUACAAAGCCAGGUUGAGAAGCUGGAUGAUGACAUCAGGGAAAAGGAAGAGUGUAUUCGUGAUUUGACUGCUGAGAUCGAAUGGAAGGAAAGACUGAGAGCUGAAUUUGUACCCCCUGUUAAACUAGACCAAUAUGUUCAGGUAGAGAUGAAAUCGAAACUACGGUGUGUGACGAACCCGACCCGUGUUCUGCCAAACGACUCUGCGAGAUGCUACCUGAGCAACACAACCAUGACUAAACGAGUUGACGAAACAUGCAAGGCAUUGGAACCAAUUCAUGGAGCUGAUUCCAAAAGUGUGCAGGAUGGAUUGUGGCUGACGUUGGUUUAAAAAGCAGGGAAGGGAGCCAUUCAAAAGUACUAUUCAAAUUUAUCGAGACCCAAGGAAGGCAGAGUAACAAAGCAUAAGGAACGGGUAACGGAAGCAAAUGUGGUCCGGUGUGUCAAAUACAUGUAUCGUAAUGGUUCAAUAUCCAGUUGAAAAUACACUUCAUUGCGGCAGGCAGAUCUCAGUUUCGAAUGUAGUGGUGAUGAGCUGAUGACAUAUCAGGAACUUGUUCAUCAGUUGAAAAGUAUUUGUAAAGAGCUUCAGGUUCAUGAAGUUGCAGGUGUUUCCGGCUGCUACCGGAAUCUCGAAGACACCCUCCUGAAGAUAGCAUCAGUCUAUUUAGAGAUAGAUGAGAAGUUACAGGUCAAUGAGCAAUCUUUGAAUUGGCUGAAGAAGGAAAGAGGCCAUUUUUCGAUAUCUGUUGGGGCAGAUGGUGAUCCUGCCUCGAAGUUGAAAACGCACACGUCUGUUCUAUUGUCUUUUCUGAAUUUGCCUGAGAAGAUUAAUAGCUGCAUGUACCAGUUUUUGUUGUUUGGGGCUGAUGUGCCUGAGGACCAUGCUUCUAUUCUCAACUAUGUUGCCGAAAUAGCUUCAAACAUGGAGUCCAUUGACAAGAAAGUGUUCAUGAUUGGAUCCACUGUGGUCAGGUUUACUCUUGAACUUGUUCCGGGUGACUGCAAGUGGAUAGCCACUGCUUGUGGCGAGCUCAGCAAUGCAGCUACCUAUCCAUCCAGUUAUGGCAAUGUGCGAAAAGAUGACCUGUCAAAGCUUGACGGAAGUUUAGGUGGCAGUGAAUCCACCUGGAAACCUUGGUCGUAUCUUGAUCGACUAGCCGUGGUAAAAAAGUGGCCUUGAAAAAACAGGAGGCCAGCAGGCGUGAUGUAGUGACUAAAUACAUUGCAUCCUUGCAUUCUAGGCAAGAACACGUACCUACACUUGGCAUUUACUCGGAGCACUGUUAUAUCGAUUCUCUUCAUCUGAAAAAUAACAUCUGUGCUCAGCUUCACCAGGCUAUUUUGACUGAAGCCCUAACACGAACUGAUGAUAAGGUCAUCAGGGGUGGCAUUGAUUUUAAGAAUAAUGCUUUCAUAGAAUCUCCCUUUGGCAGAUACCUGGUUUGUCUUCGGGAUGAAGUUCACACUGGUCGUAUUUUCAUACAGGUCAGAAGGUGGUUUACAGAGAAUUGUGCCGCUCUGUCAAAAGGUUCCUGUGGCACAAGGCUUCUUGGUGUAAGGUUUACAGGAGAAGACUCCUUCAAAUUUUGCCAGGGUUACCCCUACUUGAUCAAGGCUGUGGGACAAAAUGGGACUCCUGAUAGACAAUUCAGACUCCUGGUAUUUCACUUUGCCUGCACGGUUGUGCGCGAAGCUAUUGGUCUUGCUUCAAAGAUCAAAUUCAGUCAGUUUGAACUGCAACGAUUGCAGACUGUUUGUCGACAGUGCCAUGCAUGUCACGUUCUUUUGAUGACUGGAGCAAACUUGACAACUUGGCAUCUUGGAUAUGUUGUUCCAUUUCAUGCGGAGGUUCUUUAUUACCGCUUAGGAGUUGGUCUAGGUAUCAAUAGUAUGCAAGGAUGGGAGGCCAAAAACAAAUAAUUGAAGGAGUAUGCGAGAUUCAGUACCCCCCAGAACAAGUGGGGUAUGAUAUUCCGGCAUGAAUAUUUUGAUCUGUAUUGGCUCAAAGAGCAUGAUAUGGAUGUUGUUGUGAAAGAUUUGGUGAAGAGUAGGUCCAGAGAUAGAUAUCACAUCAAUCCAAAUGUGAAAGCUGACAUGUGUAAGUGUGGUUUAGCCACUGAGGGUGCAUGUCUAUUCUGCAAUCAUCCCACAAUGAAGCUGAUUGAAGAAACCUGUGAGAAAAGACGAAUCUCACCAGAAAUGAGGAAGGCACAGCGUGAUGUUGUCUGGUAGAAAGGCCUUUGCAUUCCUGUUAACCGUAAACACAAAAAGUCCUAUAUCUCCUUAAUGCAUGGAUCAGUGCCAAAUUUUAAUCAUAGGUACAUCUAAUAAAGCCACGUAACAUAUCAUACGGGUUUUUGAUUUGACCUAUUUUUCAAGGUCGCAGAAGUCAAAUAGUGUAAAUUGGCCGAUAUUGGCACAUUUUGCAAAUAAUGAAGCUUUUGACUUAAAACUUGGUACAAUUGUACCUCCUAAAGAUUCAUGCACUUGAUUAGGAACAACGUUUACAUAGUGUUGGCUGUCGUCAUGUCACGAUGCAUUGUAACUCUGACGGUUUUACAUUAGUGUAACUACAUGUAAUGGCAAAAAGCUGUGAGCAGUUAAAGGUGGAUUGGAAUAUCCUGUCAUGGCCAAAUUUCUAUAGAAUGUGCGUUGAUAGCCCUGCAUCAGGUUUUAAUGGCACUGCCUUGGUCAAUAGUAUGGGCGGUUAUUACCGCAAAUAAAGACAAACCAAAGCAAAGACACUUGUGUAGCAUAUCAAGGACACGUAGAUUGAUACUCCUAUGUGUGCCACAUCAAAGACAUCUGGACCAUACACCACAUCAAAGAUAACGAUGCGAAGUCAACAGGCGGCGCCACUGUAGAAUGCUGGCGGCCGUAUGCCUGUUGACGUUGUUGUUAUUUGCCACCUCUCUCCUAUGGCAAGCCGUUUGCUUCAAAAAGUCGAAAUGAUUUUUUUUCUAGUCGAAAUGAUUUUUUUCUAGUCAAGAUAUUUUUUUUCAAGUCAAGAAAAAAAAUUUGAAACUAAAUUUUUUUUUCAAGUCGAGAUAUUUAUUUUUCUUCUCAUUUAACUUAUUGAAGUUGAAUCAAUUAAUAAAAAUUUCAAUGCGAGAAAAAAAUGAUUAUAAAAAUAAACAUAGUCGCUUAUAUCAACAAAAACCUAUAGUUGUCGAAAUCGUUUUUACUUUUCCCAAGACGGUGGCGCCGCCUGUUGACUUCGCAUCGUUAUCUUUGAUGUGGGGUAUGGUCCAGAUGUCUUUGAUGUGGCACACAUAGGAGUAUCAAUCUACGUGUCCUUGAUAUGCUACACAAGUGUCUUUGCUUUGGUUUGUCUUUAUUUGCGGUAAUAACCGCCCAUACAAUAGCCACUGGUGUAUAAUGCUGGAAAAUGAUAUUUGUUGUAUUGUUGUACAAGGAUUCAUAGUUGCCAGAUUUACAUAGAUUAUCAAAAGGAAAGGAGUUCAGUUGUAAAUUGGUUGAUUGAAAAACGUGUCCAAAUGUCAAGCUUUGAAUGCUCAAUUUUGUUGUCCACGACUUCUUAAUGUCAUUCAUACAAAUUAUUGAUGAAUGUCAAUGAUAAAUAAUUUAUCUGGUUAUUGAGUGAUUGAAUUUAUACUUUUUCAAUUAUAAUCAGUGUU